GAGGCGUUCCUCACUCGACAUCAGAUGGACGAAGAGUAUGGAAUGACAGCAAAGGAUUUAAAUCACCUUUCAAAAACUUGGGACAAUGGCUAGAGUCUCUUGAUAUCUCCUUGCCGUCGCCACUAACACCAGUAUGCUACGGGGGGAUAUUUGCUGCAAAGCAGACAAAAAUAAAGUCUAUACCGAAAGUAAAAUGGGAAGCCAUUGCGAAAAGUCUGUCGAGAGGGGACAAUAUCGAAGAGGGCUACUUUGCUGAGCGCACUUGGGCAGGCUUGCUUUCAGCCCCACUGUCGGAAGAGGAACAGUGGUCGAUUAUAGGAAAGCGCAGCUAUGUCAAUCGGGUGGCGGCCAAAGAUGGCGGAGGACGAUUAGGCGCAUUAGUGAAAUAA